AUGAAUGAUAAUACUCUGUUGCAAUUAUGGUAUAUAACUUAUUAUAUAUCCGGUAUUUUUAUACCAUUUAUAAUUAUCUUUGGUUUUCUAUUCAAUCGUUUUAAUAUCUUUAAUACAAUAUUUAGUAUAUUAGCAUGUAUUCUUCAAUUCACAAUGUUCUUAGGUUUAAAAUUACAUAAUCAUAAAUCUCUCUUUAUGUAUUCAACAACAUUUUUAACAAUCAUACAUUUUUCUACACUUCUUUAUCUUUUUCAUAUGACACAAACAUUAACAAAUAAUAUUCGAUAUGAUCUUGAGAAAGAUAUUACAUGUAAUCACAGUGAAUGGAAAUAUAAUAUACAAAUUAAGAUUUGAUUAUUAUUAAAAGUUUCCAAAUAUCAAUUUAUUUUUAUUAAUAAAAUGAAAUUAUUAGAAAAUUCCAAAUUAGAUGCGAUUAGUUCUACACUAUCAAUAGAUACACCAACUUGUGAUAUAACCACUCGUGUGGAAAGUUAUUCAUGUAAAAUGGCCGGUGAUCCAAAAAAAUUGUAUAAACAAUUAAGAAAUGAACCGGGUACAACUCCAUACGAUCUUGAAAUUCUUGGUCCAUCACAAAUUCAAUCACCGAAAUUGAAUUAUACGAUAAUAAAUUCUCCACCACAAGUUAUGUAUUCAAAUUCAAUAGCUCGAUCGAUAUCAAGUGAUGAUGAAUCACCAAUAUAUAAAACAAUACCACGAAAAACACUUAUUUUUCUUAUAUCAACAUUAAAUGCAUCAUUUGAGCCGGAUUAUGAAUUUAGUUCAUGUACUAGUCAAGAUUUUAGUCGAGAAACUAAUUUAGAAUUAGUUAAAAAUGCUGUUGAUUCACGAUUACUUUCAACUAUGGGCGAUUUUUAUCGAUCAAUAUCACCGCAAUUAUGGUCCGUGAUUGAUGAAGAAAUCAAUAUAAAAGAAAGUGAAAUAUUUAGUUAUCGCCCUGAUGGAACAUCGGAUCCAUUUUCUGAAACUGGAAUUAUAUGGUCAUUUAAUUUCUUUUUUCAUAAUAGAAGACUUCGUCGUAUUCUUUUUGUAACAUGCCGUGCUGAUUCGAAAACAUCAAGUAAUCAUGAAGAUGAUGAAGAACCAUUAGAUGUAAAUAAUUAUUUAACAUUUGAAGGGUAA